GGAGGGAGGCGGUCGAUUCGGUAAAAAAACAAAAACGUGGCGGUGUUAAGCCGGUGGGGUGUAGGUUAUUGCGUGGCACUCGCCGGUUCCCGGGUGUGAAGGACUUUGUUAUCUAGAGCAGAAAUCUACAAUUCAUUUAAUUCCUUUGAAGAAAUACCCAAGCAUCAGAUCAUGGCUGACAGGGAGGUGAAAAAAGUUACCAGAUUGGGUGUAGAAGCUAAGAAGGAGCCAGAUACAUUAGCAGAAUGGUACUCACAGACAAUUACCAAAGCAGAGAUGAUAGAAUACUAUGAUGUCAGCGGCUGUUACAUUUUACGCCCAUGGUCAUUUGCUAUAUGGGAAGCCAUCACAAAAUUUUUCGACACAGAAAUAAAGAAACUUGGAGUAGAAAAUGCAUAUUUCCCAAUUUUUGUAUCAAAACAAGCUUUGGAAAAGGAGAAAACACACAUAGCUGACUUCGCUCCUGAGGUUGCCUGGGUUACAAAAUCUGGCCAGUCAGAACUUUCCGAGCCCAUUGCUGUCCGUCCAACCAGUGAGACUGUCAUGUACCCAGCGUAUGCUAAAUGGAUUCAGUCUCACAGGGACCUGCCCCUAAAACUGAAUCAGUGGUGUAAUGUUGUGAGAUGGGAGUUUAAGCAUCCCACCCCAUUCCUGCGUACCAGGGAGUUUCUGUGGCAGGAAGGUCACAGUGCGUUUGCUACACGUGAUGAGGCCGUGGCAGAGGUGUUCGCAAUCCUGGAACUGUAUGCACGCAUCUACGAAGAGUUGUUAGCCAUUCCAGUUGUCCGAGGAAAGAAAACAGAAAAGGAGAAGUUUGCUGGAGGGGAUUUUACUACCACUGUGGAGGCUUACAUAUCAGCUAAUGGGAGAGCCAUUCAGGGUGCCACAUCCCAUCACCUGGGUCAGAACUUCUCUAAGAUGUUUGAGAUUGUGUAUGAAGACCCAGACUCCCAGGAGAAGCAGUUUGUCUUCCAGAACUCGUGGGGGGUCACUACACGCACCAUCGGGGUCGUCAUCAUGGUACACGGGGACAACAAAGGCCUUGUGCUGCCCCCUAGGGUGGCGUGUGUUCAGGCUGUGAUUGUUCCCUGUGGAGUUACUGCCAGUCUAGCUGAGGAUAAGAAAACUGAAUUGAUGAAGAAAUGUACUGAAUUAAAGGAGAGUCUGACCAAGGCUGGGGUCAAAGUUCGUGCUGAUCUGCGUGACAAUUACUCACCUGGUUGGAAAUUUAACCACUGGGAACUUAAGGGUGUUCCUUUAAGAAUUGAGCUGGGUCCAAGAGAUGUGAAGCAGAACCAGGUAGUAGUCGUCCGUCGUGAUACUGCAGACAAGAAAACAGUCAGUCAGGAAGGAAUAGGGAAAACGAUCAUGGAUUUAUUGGACACGAUACAAAAGGAUUUGUAUGCAAAGGCCAAAAAGGAGCUAGACAGUAAUUUAAGUACCACAGAGGACUGGCCUGAUUUCAUUAAAAAACUGGACAAUCAAAAGUUGAUUCAGGCUCCAUUUUGUGGUGUGAUCCACUGUGAAGAUAACAUUAAGAAAGACAGUGCUAGAGAUGCUGUAGUUGAGGAAGGAGCACCAGCCAUGGGGGCCAAAGGGUUGUGCAUUCCAUUCCAGCAGCCACAGGAACUCAAGCCUGGAACAAAGUGCAUCCAUCCAAAGUGUUCCAAGGAGGCCAAGUUCUACACUAUGUUUGGGAGGAGUUAUUAAAUAUCACAUAGCAACCACCUGACCUCAGAAAAUAUUCUCAUUGGCUCAUAAUAUCAUCUGAUUAAUUGAAUCUUGAUGGCUUUUGUCACGUGACUACUGUAUAUAAAUAGUUGAGCAGUGUGUAUUCUUCUAGAGAGUCACAUGUUGAGUACUAUAAUGGAUAUGUGCAUUUAGUAUGAAUGGCAUUUUGUUGUCAUCUUGGAAAUCGGAAGUAACUUGUCUGGUUGAGGAAUCAAAAAUAGUGAGUCAAAAAUCAGAGAUGCUGAGUUAAUUUUUACCAUUGAAUGUUGUUUGGCAGAAUGAAGCAGCCUGUGUAAUAGAAACUGACCAAUUAUCAGAACACAAUUCACUUGACUGAACUGGUCAGCGGGCAGAACAAUGGUGUUACUGAGGUUACCUAGACAACGAUGCUCAAAGUGCACCCGUAGUCAGUCAGUAAUUACGGAGAUGUUGAUACAAGAAAUAAGUCAAAGCCAUACCUGUACAUUUUAUACAUUAGUGGAACAAAGUAUUUGUCAUAAAUAUUUAUGUGUUGAAAACUAAGGAUUUGUAUUCUUAUAUUUAGAACAGAGAGAAUAUUAUUUAUAGCAAUGUGUUAAAUGUAAUGGUGCUGCAAUCACUGGUGAUCGUAGUGAUAAUUAAAUUAAAUUUAAGUCAGGUCUUUGUCUGUUGCUGGGAGGAGUGAAAUUUCAUAAACUGAUGAUAUUUGUGGAGUUUUUUUUCUUUUUGUCUUGGAAUAAUUUAAUGACACACUCCAAAUGGUGAGGAUAAACAAAAAUCAGCCCAAAUAAAAUUACAAAAAUUCAUGAUUUAUGAGAUGCAACACAACCUUUCUUCAUUCCCUGAAAAAGUAUAAAAGUAGAAAAUCCCAUAGAAAUUUGUGUGAAACUAUUUGAGAAACAAAGCAACAGUUAUCAGUGUGCUGCGGGCUGUGAUAAAUAUAUCUGUCAUUAUGCAAUGUAGUGACAUUACAGACCACUACGCACUAUAGUGACAUUACAGACCACUACGCAAUAUAGUGACAUUACAGACCACUCAGUUGAACUGCUAUAAUAUAGACUCAUUAACUAGCUUUCAGGUAUAUCAUCUUGUUUACAUCUAAAUUGUUUACAUUUUUAAUCAUGAACUCUUGUAGCACAUUUUGUUGGGAAAAACAAAUAUGGCAGUUUGAAUCAAGUUCAUAUUUUAAAAUGUGUGUUUCAGAGAUUGGUGAUAUAAAUAUUUUCAGCAGAAUUUUUGCAAUUUUUUUUUAAAUCAAACAGUUUAUUUUCUGAUAUGUAUUUAUUUUGUGUGAUUAUAUGUGAUAUCAGUUGUCAGAUGCGUUCAUUUUUGUGGUGUCAGACUCCCAGCUUAUUCGUGUACAGCAGGGAGAAAAAUGGUUAUUCAUUUGUAUUAAACUAAUGUGUAAACUGCAGCUCAUCUCAGUGUAACUGGCCUUUAAUGGCCUUUUGCCAAAUUUUGAUUCAGCUCUGUGAACUACAUUAUUUUUUCUACAUUAAUUAAUUUAGCCCUGUGAUGUUUUUCUGCACACUUUUACUCUAUUAGUAUAUUGUUCCUUCUACACACUUUACUGUAUAUUGUUUGUUCUGCACACUUUAAUGUAUAGCGUUCGUUCUACACACUUUACUGUAUAGCGUUCGUUCUUCACAUUUUACUGUUCAUAUAGAUCUGCCUCUGCUACUGCGUUUUCUACAGCAGUUUUUGUGAAGCGGAUUUGAAGCAUUACACAGAGAAUCUUCAGGUGACUCUGGCAGCUGCAUUUUGUUUAUUCUAGACUUUCCCUUUCACAAGGUGUUUAUUUCUGUUCUUGUCAUAUUGUUGUACUGAUGUCAUACCUUUAACAGUAUCUUCAGUAAUAAUUAAUUUUCAAAAAGAUCUUAGAGCUUGUAAAGAAAAUGGUAAUUGACGUAAGGCCAUGUGUUUCGCAAUUCCCAGACACAGGGUUAAAAACCAGACCUUCUCCACCCCUUCUGUUAAAAAGCCAUGCAGCCAUCCAGUUAUGUUUUUUUAUUUGGCUAUUGAGGGAGAUUUUAUCUUCAUCUGUAAAGUCAACAGAGACAAGUUGUCCAUCUUCCUACAUGAGCUAUGCAGAUCGAUGUGAUGUUGUCAUAUUGCAUAAUAUAUUGUUCCAACACCUUGUCA